AGAGCAGGCCAUGGUAGACCAGUUCUGAAUAGUUCGUUAGUAAGCCACCAGAACAAAAGCCGGCAACAUCGAAAUUCCAAAUUUGACCCCGUGACUCUUGACUCGGUGAAAAUGUUGGUGGCCACCUUGCAGCCCGGUUUCGUGACAGAGGGCGUGCCUCCAUUAUUGGACUGCAGAGCACCACCGAAUCCCCGGCGCUGCGAUGAGGAGUACCUUCUUUUUGUCCUGGCCCUGUCCAUCUCCACCCAGUUGCUCCUGAUGCUCUAUGUGGGAUUCGCCGUCUUGCAGCCGAGUUCUUUGCGAAAGAGACAGUUCAACGAGGGGCAGCGAAGGACCUUCGCUUCCUUCAUCUUCCGAAGGUUGCUACGCCAGCUGGAUGAGGCUUUCUGUGGGCAGGACUGCAGCAAGAUUCCCGAAGAAGAGCGAUUGGGCUCCUGCUUGAGGUCAAAUGAAAAGGUUUCUCUGGCCAUUCAACUGUUCCGACGUGAUGCUCUCAAGGUCCUCCAGCCAGGACAGGAUCUGUCAUCGGACUUGGCCAGCGAUGUGUACUAUGUGCUGGACGAGGAGGAGCAGGAACUGGAUUUCAAUGGCUAUGGAUGCUCACACACCAAGGUCGAGGUCACCGAGGAGCUAUUGAUGCACUUGCUAUACCCGGAGCGAAUUGAACCCGAUGCGUAGUGAAUUACUACCAAGGAUUAUCCCAGCACUACAGCUUGAUCCUGGGAGUCUACCUUUUUGAAAAGGUCGCAGAGGUCACUGCCGUUUUCGAUCCAUCGGUACCAGUGCUUUAAUUGAUUUGUAUUUUUUAUAGCCUGUCUUAAAAGUGUACUAAACCCUUAGA